CUAAAUACACAAUUUUCCAAUAAACUGUAUUAGUAAUUUUUUCAUAUAAGAAAUAAUUUUCUGCUCAAUUUCAGCAUCCUGUGGAAAAGGAUCAGCAGCUGUACCAAAUUAAUUGCCAAGAACUAUGGCUCAGUUAUUGUCUCCAGUGUGCAUGGAGGCUCUCAAAAUCCAUAACCCGUCAUUGAAUUUGUGUUCAAGAAACUCAUGGCGUAUCCUGGUGAAGUCUGCAAGUCCUCCUUGUACCUUUGUGACACACAGUGGUAAGCGAAGAAGCUGUGGCAGAGUUAGAGUUACAGCUGAAGAUUCGGUUUCUCCUACUGAGACAGUUGCGGAUGACUAUUAUUCAGUUCUGGGACUGCUUCCAGAUGCCACACCUGAGCAGAUCAAGAAGGCAUACUAUAAUUGCAUGAAAGCAUGCCACCCGGACUUGAGUGGAAACAAUGAUCCCGAGACUACAAAUUUCUGCAUGUUCAUCAAUGAAAUCUACACGGUGCUCAGUGAUCCCAUCCAGCGUAGGAUUUAUGAUGAAAUUCAUGGGUACGCUUUGACUUCAAUGAAUCCUUUCGUGGAUGAUUCUAGCCUCAAGGAUCACACUUUUGUUGAUGAAUUUAGCUGCAUAGGCUGCAAAAAUUGUGCCAAUGUAGCCCCUGAUGUGUUUGCAAUUGAGGAAGACUUUGGAAGAGCCAGGGUAUACAACCAAUGCGGCAACCGUGAAUUAGUUCAGCAGGCAAUUGAUAGUUGCCCUGUUAGCUGCAUUCAUUGGACAUCUGCUGCACAACUAUCAUUACUUGAAGAUGAGAUGCGACGUGUAGAAAGAGUCAAUGUUGCCUUUAUGCUAUCAGGAAUGGGAUCAGCAUCAAUUGAUGUUUUCAGAAUGGCAAGUUCCAGAUGGGAAAAAAGGCAGUCAAAAGUCUUGGAAAAAGCAAAAUGGAGAAUGAUGAAGCAGCAAGGUUCUGGUAAGAAAGAUUCCUACUGGGACAAUCUGUGGGGCAAAGCAAAAGACUAUCAAAGUUCAGAUGAGGAAGUUGAAGAAAGAGCAAAAAAAGCCGCUGCAGCAGCACGGAGAUGGAGGGAAUACUCAAGGAGGGGUGUUGAUAAGCCUCCCACAUUUAAACUUCCAGAGGCUGCCCCUGACAAAGACAAAUGAUCAGUACUUUUUUUUAUACCUUCUAUAACAUUCAGUCCCUUGUAAUUAAUUCAUUUAUAGCCUCUCAGUGAAACCAAUGAGAUCUUUCUUUCUCAAUUACCCAUGAUUGUUUAUGAAGCAACUGUGAUUAAGGUAAAUUUAUACACUUAGAUGAACUAUAGUAAUACAAAAGAAACUAGUUUAUAAUUAUGAUUGCAGUUGUAGUGUGCUCUAUUUUAACUCUUGGAAAAAUUGCAAACACUGAAUUUUAUGUUUAAAUAUUUAUAGUUCAAG